AUGGAUCAAAAUAGGGGAGAGAGCUGGAGGGAAUUAGUGAAGAAGAUGCUUCCUCCUGGUGCUGCUAUACCUGCUGAUGCUUCUAAUCUUGACUACUCCAUAGCUAUGGAAUAUGUUGGUCCACCAGUUUCAUAUGAUGUGCCAAGAGUUGAGCCACUUGAUGCAAACUCAAGAGCAAUUCCCACUGCCGAACCACUCUCUGCAUCACAAAGAUCAAAUACUCAUGCAGGGUCUAUGGUGAUUGAACCAAUCCCUCUGCCAGUGUCUCGUAUUGCCGGUGUAACGAGUUCUCCUAAUCAGAGUCCGAGGGUGUCUGGAAGUUCAGAUUCUGUGGUUUCUGUCCUGCAAAACCCGGAUCUUUCUUCCGCUUCACCUUCGGCUUCGCCUGCUUCAGUUCAUAAUCCUCCAAGCAAUCCUCCUAAGCCGGUGGUUAACGAAGCAAAGAGGGCACCGGUUGUCACUUUCAAUACUGUCGAUAGAUCUCAGAGGAAAGAGGUAGAGGUUGUGAAGCCAGUUUAUUCGGAAUACGUUGGAGUUUUGAAGGAAAGGAAGAAAAAGAAUUUAAGAGUUUGUUAUAGGUGUGGAAAGGGGAAGUGGGAAACUAAGGAAUCUUGCAUAGUUUGUAAUGCCAAGUAUUGCAGCAACUGUGUGCUUAGGGCAAUGGGAUCAAUGCCUGAAGGACGCAAAUGUGUAACAUGCAUUGGUCAGCCAAUUGAUGAAUCAAAGCGACUGAAAUUGGGUAAAUAUUCAAGGGUGUUGUCUCGACUGUUAAGUCCUCUAGAAGUCAAGCAAAUUAUGAAAGCAGAGAAAGAAUGUUCUGCUAAUCAGCUUCGGCCAGAGCAGCUGAUUGUCAAUGGUUUGCCCCUGAAGCCUGAUGAGAUGGCAGAAUUACUCGGAUGCCCCUUACCUCCACGUAAGCUGAAGCCUGGUAGAUAUUAUCUGGUGGCACACCCCACUCUUUCCAUUUCACUCCUACCUCUGACAGCAUAA